AUGGCUGACACCGAUCACGGCGGCGAUCGGCGAAAGAAUCGGAACCUCCGUUCUUCAAACGGACACUGCCGCAUUGUUAUCCUUUUCCUCACUUUCCAUUCAAUCGUCAACCUCGUCGGUGCUUCCAUUCACGACUACCAAAACGAAACCUUUAUCCGUCGAGCUAAUUCGUUUUUCUUCCAUGGUGGUAGUGAAGGUCUUUACGCUUCUAAACCUAUCUCCUCCAAUAACUCUUUGUCUUCUCAAGAUAACUUCCCCACUGGUAAAUCCUUCAUCAGGUUUGAGUCUAUAAACUUUCGAAGAACAAAAGAGUCUGCUCAGAUGGCAAGUGCGAUGCAGCAAAAGACAGGUUUGGUUGAAGCUAUAAUAAUUAGGGUGAAGGAUAGGAAAAACAUUGGGGGUGUUUCAUUGAACUCUGAUGCUAUAUGCUGCACUCCAGAGCUUGCUAAAGAAGGUUCUUGUAAGUUAGGAGAGGUUAUCAUCCGUGAGAACACCGAUGACCCGAAUGGGCCAAAACGCUUGCAGACAUUUUUUGAAGGACAGAAUGAAGAGGCUAAUAUGGGUAUUCAAACUGUUGGCAUCAAUAGUACUGGAAUGUAUUAUUUGUAUUUCAUGUUUUGUGAUCCUCAAUUAAAGGACACUGUGAUUUCCGGAAGAACUGUUUGGAGAAAUCCAGAUGGUUAUUUACCAGGGAAGAUGACGCCAUUGAUGACAUUUUAUGGUUUGAUGUCUUUGGCUUACCUUUUUCUCGGUCUUGUCUGGUUUCUCUGGUUUGUACGGUAUUGGAAAGAUAUGAUCCAAUUGCAUUACCACAUUACUGCAGUUAUUGGCCUUGGCAUGUGUGAAAUGGCCUUGUGGUAUUUUGAGUAUGCAAAUUUCAAUUCAACGGGAAGCAGGCCGAUGAUAAUUACAGUUUGGGCUGUGACUUUCACCGCUGUCAAGAAGACAGUGUCGCGGCUUCUUCUUUUGGUUGUUUCUAUGGGCUACGGAGUUGUCCGUCCAACGCUUGGUGGUUUAACCACAAAAGUUCUUCUUCUUGGUGUGGUGUAUUUUGUGGCCUCAGAAGCACUUGAGCUGGUGGAACAUCUCGGCAAUAUUAAUGACUUCUCUGGAAAAGCUAGGCUUUUCUUGGUGCUGCCUGUAGCUCUGUUGGAUGCUUGCUUUAUUCUUUGGAUCUUUUCAUCAUUAUCUAAAACCUUGGAGAAGCUUCAGAUUCGGAAAAGUACAGGAAAACUUGAGUUGUACAGGAAAUUUACAAAUUCUCUUGCAGUGACGGUUCUGCUAUCAGUAAUAUGGAUUGGUUAUGAGUUGUACUUCAAUGCGUCAGACCCUUUAGGUGAACUGUGGCGAAGAGCUUGGGCGAUCCCGGCUUUCUGGACUCUGCUUUCUUAUGCUCUCCUGAUACUGAUCUGCAUUCUCUGGGUUCCAUCUCGAAAUCCAACCAGGUAUUCGUACUCGGAAGAGACAGGGGAUGACUUUGAUGAUGAGGCUGUCACAGCUGUUGGAAGUGGAGUUAAGGUCUCUGGAGAAAUGGCUACCAUGCUAGAAAGGAAAGAUAGAAAGGUAUCACUUACAUCACUUGGAGAUCAUCAUCAUGUAUUUGGAGUUAUUGAAGAUCUAGAGGAAGACAAGAGGGAGUGA